CGUAACAUUGUAUUGUACGUAAUUAACCCCCCGUACCUCUGCCAAAACAUUGCAGAUUAUAAUUAAGUGCUUACAAGUGCCAUGAAAGAUCAAAGCGCUGCACCAACGUCACCAAGACGAUUGGCUGUCCUCAUCUCGGGAGAAGGAACCAACCUUCAAGCACUGAUCGAUGCACAGAACACGCCAUCCCUGCCUAACACCCGCAUCGUCAUCGUCCUCUCCAAUCGCAAGAACGCACGUGGUCUGAUACGCGCUUCCACCGCAUCGCCUCCGAUCCCUACAGCAUACCUCGGCCUUCAGCCGUUCAUUAAAUCGAACCCUGGAAAGACGCGCGAGGAUUAUGAUGGGGAGGUCGCGCGCGUCGUGUUGCGCGCCAGGCCGGAUGUGGUCGUGUGUGCGGGGUGGAUGCAUAUCAUGAGCGAGGGGUUUUUGGAUGUGUUCAGGGGAACGCGGGUGUUGGACGGUGAGGAGGCGCUUGCGAGGGAGGUGCCUGUGAUCAAUAUUCAUCCGGCGUUGUUUGGGCAAUUUGAUGGUGCGCAUGCAGUCGAGCGAGGGUUUGAGGCGUUCCAGAAGGGGGAGGUUGAUGAACUGGGCGUGAUGGUACAUCGUGUAGUAAAAGAAGUUGAUCGCGGGGAGCCGUUAAUUCAGAGAAGAGUAGAGGUGGUGAAGGGGGAAACGAUAGAGGCUUACGAGGAGAGGCUACAUAAGGUAGAGUGGGAGAUCAUUGUCGAGGCUACUCGGAUAGUGCUGGACGAGGUACAACCGCCCCUGUCAAGCGACGGUUCAAGUUGACAUAAUCAGGCCUGCGCGGUGGAAGGCCAACGUGUACAGAAUUAACAAAAGGAAUACCGAGUUAGAGAGAUAAGGUAAAGAUUAGAUUAUAACGAGAAUAUACUAUGCAAAUUAGUCUACAGGCAGAUGAUAGGUCUGAUUAACGUGAGGGUAAGAUACCAUUUUCCUAAAGUAUGCUCAGAAUGGGAACCGCAUAGGGCGCGAAUCGUGCUGGCUUUUAUAAUGCGAAGGAUAACUGUUACUGCAAAUACAUCAUCAGCCACCCCGGACCUCAAGAAGCUAAAUCUGAACAAC